UAUCUCUCAAAAUUUCUAAAAGUAGAAAGACACGCAUAAUUAGCUACAACCGCUAAUAGCUAGUGCAUGCAGGGAAAAGCUAAAAGCUAAUUUGGAAAGAAAUUAAGUGAGAAAAAAGGGGGUAAAAAUGAGAAUUGCAGUGGUAGGAGGAGGGAUUAGCGGAUUGGGAGCAGCGUUUGAGCUUGCAAAAGCAGGAGCGGAAGUGACAUUGUAUGAGAAAGAAGAUCAUUUGGGUGGACAUGCCAAAACUGUUAAUGUUGAUGGUAUUGAUAUUGACCUUGGCUUCAUGAUCUUCAACAGGGUUUCAUGUCCAAAUUUGACAGAGCUCUUUGAUAAUCUUGGCGUGGAUAUAGAACCCUCUGACUUGUCAUUUUCCGUGAGUUUGGAAAAAGGCCAAGGAUGUGAGUGGGGAACCCAAAAUGGGUUAAGAAGUUUGUUUGCACAAAAGAGUAAUGCACUCAAGCCAAGCUUCUGGGGGAUGCUCCAAGAAAUCAGGAAGUUCGAAGAUGGCGUGGUCUUAUAUCUCGAAGGACUUCAGGAUAACCCAGACAUGGAUCGUACUGAAACUCUUGGUCAAUUUAUUAAGACAAGAAAUUUCUCCGAACUGUUUCAAAAGGCUUAUUUGGUUCCCAUGUGUGCUUCCAUCUGGUCUUGUUCGGCAGACAAUGUGCUGGAUUAUUCUGCCUUUUUUGUUCUAUCUUAUUGUCGCAACCAUCACUUGCUUCAGUUGUCUGGAUGUCCACAAUGGCUUACCAUCAAAGGACGCUCUCAGUAUUAUGUGAAUAAGAUGAGAGAGGAGCUGGAGGUUAGGGGAUGUCAAAUACGAACUAGCUGUGAGGUGCAUUCUGUCUCAACAAAUGAUAAAGGCUGCAUGUUAGUCUAUGAUGGCGACUCGGAAGAUGCAUAUGAUGGAUGCAUUUUAGCUGUUCCUGCCCCAGAUGCCAUAAAGAUAUUAGGAAAGGAGGCUACACAUGAUGAAAUGAGAAUACUUGGUGCUUUCCAGUACAAAUACAGUGAUAUAUAUCUUCAUCAUGACAAAAACUUGAUGCCCCAAAACUCCAAUGCCUGGAGUGCAUGGAAUUUCAUGGAGAGCACAAACAAUAAAAUUUAUUUGACAUACUGGCUAAAUAUGCUGCAGAACAUUCCCAAGACGAAUCUACCUCUUCUUAUGACCUUUGAUCCACCUCAUGUGCCAGAGAAGUUCUUACUUAAAUGGUCAACUGGCCACUGUAUACCCUCUGUUGCUGCAACAAGAGCCUCACUGGAGCUUGGUGAUAUUCAAGGAAAGAGAGGGAUUUGGUUUUGUGGAGCAUAUCAUGGCUAUGGUUUUCAUGAGGAUGGAUUGAAGGAUGGCUUGAUUGCUGCCCAAUCCAUCUUAAGAAGGAGCUUCAGUCCACUACCAAUCCCAAAACAGAUGAAACUUUCCUGGACAGAGGCAGGGGCUCGUUGUUUUUUAAUCAAAUUUCUCAAAGGCUUUAUAUCUGCUGGAUGUAUAAUUUUGUUGGAGGAGGGAGGUGGUAUUCUGACCUUUGAGGGCUCUGAGAAAAGGUGUACUUGGAAAACUGUAAUAAGAAUACACAAUCCUCAGUUUUACUGGAAGGUUGCUACCGAAGCUGACUUUGGCUUUGCAGAUACAUACAUUAAUGGGGAUAUAUCAUUUGUUGAUAAGAAUGAAGGUCUCCUGAAUCUUUUCAGGAUCAUUCUAGCCAACCAAUAUUUAUACCCUUCUACUUCGGUUGAUAAAAAGAGUUUUGACUUCAAAGGAUGGUGGACACCAAUGUUUUUUACUGCUGGGAUAACCUCUGCAAAAUAUUUUUACAGACAUGUCUGUAGAAGAAACACGGUUGCAGCAUCCCGUAAGAAUAUUGCUGGCCAUUAUGACUUGAGUAACGAGAUGUUUUCGGUCUUUCUGGAUGAUACAAUGACAUACUCUUGUGCCAUCUUUAAGUCUGAAAACGAAGACUUAAAGGUUGCACAACUUAGAAAACUCCAUCUUCUUAUAGACAAGGCCAGAGUAAAGAAGCACCAUGAGGUCCUUGACAUUGGCUGCGGUUGGGGUAGCCUCGCUAUUGAAAUUGUACGAAAGACUGGAUGCCGAUACACUGGCAUUACUCUUGCCGAAGAACAACUGAAAGUGGCGGAACAAAGAGUGAAGGAGGCUGGCCUACAGGAUAACAUACGGUUUCUUCUAUGUGAUUAUCGUCAAUUGCCAGCUGCCUACAAAUAUGAUAGAAUCAUCUCUUGUGGGAUGAUAGAGCACGUAGGGCAUGAAUUUUAUGAGGAAUUUUUUCGCAUUUGUGACUCCGUUUUGGCAGACAACGGGCUUCUUGUUCUUCAGACCAUAUCAGUACCAGAUGAACUGUAUGAUGGGUUCAGAAGAAGCUCAGGUUUUGUCUAUGAGUACAUUUUCCCAGGUGGAUGCCUACCUUCCUUGAGCCGAAUAACAUCCGCGAUGGUUUCUGCAUCUAGACUUUGUGUUGAGCAUGUGGAAAACAUCGGAGUACAUUAUGGUCAAACGCUAAGAUGCUGGAGGAAAAAUUUUCUGGAAAACCAGAGCAAAAUCUCUUCACUCGGCUUUGAUGAGAAGUUCAUCCGAGCAUGGGAAUACUACUUUGACUACACGGCAUCUGCCUUUAAGACAAGGGCGUUAGGGGAUUACCAGAUCGUUUUCUCACGGCUAGGAAAUAUUGUUGCGUUCGAAGAUCCCUACGAAGGCAUACCCUCUUCAUAUGAUUGUCCCUAGAAUCAUAUUGAACUAACUGAUGCACUAAACAGUGAACUUAUCAAUGUUCAGUCACAUAUGUGAAAGUUAUGAAACUGAUUUUCUAUAUUUUACACUCAUUCUUGCCUAUAUAUGAUGUCAAACUCAAAUACUGUACACAAGGACAUGUUGAACAUCAUGCUCUCAAAAGAACGUGCACUUUAGUAAUGGAACAUGGAACAUGAAGAUGGGAUAUGUUCUUUUAUUUUUAA